AUGCCAAAAGAGCGUCGAAUUUUGGCAUACGCGAAGUCUAUAACAAAUUGUCCAUCUGAAACUUUAACCUACGGAAAUUGUGUAUUGAAACGUGCACAUCGUCUGCUUACAUUUUACAAAUAUAGCUACAAGUUUCUUCCGCCCUACAAAGUGUUAGUAGAUGGGACUUUUUGCAGUGCUGCGCUCCAAGAAAAGAUUAAUCUAGCGGAGCAAAUACCCAAAUACCUUGGUGAAGAAACUCAUCUUAUGACAACAAAGUGUGUGCUGUCUGAACUUGAAAAAUUUGGACCCCUUCUUUACGGUGCCCUUGUUAUUGCGAAGCAGUUCGAAAUUGUUUGUUGCAAUCACCAAAAACCAAAAUCCGCGUCGGACUGCUUGUCACAUCUGGCUCGUCGAGCUGCGAGUGGCAAAGACAAAUAUUUUAUGGCGACGCAAGAUGAAGAUCUCACAGAGACUCUUCGAAAUAUAGUAGGAACUCCAAUACUGUAUAUUAAAUUCAAGACAGUUCUAUUAGAUAAUAUUUCCGAAGCAACAAAAAAUGGAUCAUCGAAAAGUGACCUAGAAGUGGAGCAGUUGAAAGCUCUAAAAUCGAAGUUAAUUGAAGAUUCAAACACCGUAGAAAAGAAGAAAAAGAAGAAGAAGAAGGGCGUCAACCCACUUUCUUGUAAAAAGAAGGUUAUGAAAGUUACUCAAGUCCCGCAAAGAACGGGUGAUAGAACAGCCGCAGGAAAACGAAAAAGAUCAAGAAAGAAGAAAUCAACUACAGAAUCACAAUAA